CGUCCGACAAAAAAGAAGAAAACCUGAUCGCAUACCUGUGCAUAUACCGGUGCCUUUAUCUGACGUAUACAUCACGUUGCUUUAAUCUAGCAGUCGAUAAUUUCUGCAAUUCUUCACAUAAAUCCUCGAUGAUUUAUUGACGAAAAGGAGAACACAAUCCUAUUUCCUUUUCAUUAUAUGAACCUUUUCUGAUCCUUUUUUUUUCUUUUUUCGUCUGUGCUCCCCCACUACCCAAAGCGCGCGUUACUUUUGUCUUUCUUUCAUUUUUUUUUCGCGCUAAGCCUACCUACUUGUUUUCAUACAGGUCCCAUCUUGCAGUUUCAAAGGGCGGCAACUACUUUGCUUCACCCUUGCCUCCUCCCUCUUCCUUUUUUUUUAUACACAUCUACAUUUUUCUCCACUUUUUAAAAGUAACCAUAGUCUGAAACCUGUUUCUGUGUCUCCUCCUUUACAGCAAGCAUUCAUUUUGUUGCGGAUAAAUUAUACCAUGGACAUGGCUCAUGACGACGAUAAUGUUUCCAUUAUGUCCCCUCCUUCGCACAGGGAGGAACUACUGGACGAAAUUCAGUUUGGUGCUGAAGAAUUCUCAGAAGAAGACGUGCUGCCAUUUCUACUUCAAGCUCAAGAUAUUAUAGCUAAACUUGAAUCAAGAGUGAUAGAAUUAGAAACUGAUUUAUCUGCCAUUCAUCGAAAGUAUGAACAUGAUCGGCACGAUUGGUUAGUGGGACUUUCACAGAAAGACCAGUAUAUCCACCACUUGUCCAGCAAACUCCAGCGGCUGGAGUUCAACAGCAAAGAAAGCAUCGUCCUUUUGUCGGAUAUGGUUUCAGAAGAAUCCGCCUCUGAACUCAGCGAACAAACCGUCACCAAUCUUACCUUGUGCUUAAAUUAUCUGCGACAAGCGCAACAAGCGGCCACACCAGCCGUGGACCCGCCCACCGCCUAUCACGAUGAAGCAGAGGAUUUGGAAGAAGGCGAACUGGAACGCCGUCAAGCCGCUGCCAAUGAAUGGCGACGACGACAGGAAGCCGCGGCCGCGGCCGGGGACACAACCGCCCACGAUUUUAAUGCAACCACCUCCGAGAACUGGUUGCAGCAUAUUCAUCCUGUCGAUCUUAUGGACGGUUUAGAUCCUUCCCAUGACAGUAUCGACGGCUCCGAUACCUCACGACCCACAAUAGCUGAUAACGAUUCUGUACAACAAACCAGCGGGGUCUUUUCUACCACCACCUCGGUUUCUUCCAUGACACGUAUUCCCUCUACGGAGGAGGAUCAUACCAUACCUACCCCUCACCCUGCCCCUCGUACAAGUUAUGUCCCCCACGCCAUUUCGGCUCUCGCAGAUACCACUUUUUGUGCCAACUGUCGACAAUUGUUAACCCAGCUUGAUCAACAAAUUGAGCAGAAAGCAUACCUGAAACGUGAUUUAGCUUCCCUGGCAUCCGCUUUAGCCGAAGAAGAACAACUCCGAGUCGUGGUGGAACAAGCCAAGGAAGCCGUGGAAGAGGACGUGGAAGAAAUUACCAGUUCGUUAUUCACUGCUUUGAACCAAAUACUGAUGGACGAAGUCACCGAUCGUGACGGACUGGUGCGCAUGAAUCGGGAUACCGAUGGCAAGUUCGCCGGAGUGCUUCAAGCGUGGGAUGUUCGAGAAAAACGAUUAAAACAAAUGAAAGAAUUACUUGUGGAACUGGAUUCCGUUACUCACCAAGGCAACAGUUACGCUUCCCGAAUCCCGCAAGAAGACGAACUCACCAGUUCCAUCUCCAGAAUGAGUUUCCACGGUCGUCACUCAUCGGGCUCUUUUAGAUUUUCGGGUCUUAGCCAAACUCUCGUCCCACUGAACGCUGAAGAAGCGAUCCAAGGUUUAUCGAACAAGACUGUUCGAAUCGAUGGCUUGAUUUUUGAUGAAUUCCAGAAACACCUGAAAAUGUUGAGCUCGGCUUCUCACGUUGUCAUGCCUUCGACUCCGUUUAUGAAACGCGUCAUGACCGAAGAUAUUGAUCCCUGUUUAUUCCAAAAUGCCGGCUCGUCGUGGUGGAAAUCGCCGUGGUUCAAACGAAAACUGAUUGACGCCAUUGCGAAAAACAAGUGUGAAAUUCAGACGUGGUCGGGUGCAUCCAUGUCCACGUUUUCUUCCUCCUCAGCCUCGUCCACGUCUACUUCGCCUUGUGCGAGUCACAUCAGUAUGGCGUCUUCGGCUCCCGGAACUCCCAUUGUGAACCAACCACCUCCCAUGCCCCCUAAGAGCAAGUGUACUUGCUGUGGAUUGCUGCGUGUUUGCGAAUUCCGUAUGCGUUUGCAUUCUACUCAACCGCCGACGUCCAAUGCAACCACCAUGAAACAGCAACCAUGGCUUCCCAUUGACCGGUUCUGUCGCGAUCGAUUGGUGGCCGUGUGUGAUUUCUACAGCUUUAUUUCCCACUUGCGUCAAGGAUUAAUGCAAAGCACACCGCCUAUGGCCAUGUUCAAGCAAUGUCUCCACUUCCGCCGUCGGAUGGCUUUGGCCAAAGUUGGUAGUAUGGCCCUGUUUGAUGAAGAUCCACGCAACAUAUAUUAUCAAAAGAGCUCUUCCAAACGACGAUCUCGAUCUUCCAAACGUGAAAGUAUUGUACUCGACCAUUCCGGCAGUGGGAGUGACACCGGAAGCAUUGUCAGCGUAAGCGAUAUUCAAGGCAUCGAUGGCACCAGCCAAAUUGUGAUUGUUCACUAGUGCAAUGAUGCCCUUUUUUUGACUUUGCUUUUCAUGUUGCAGCAUUGAAUAUCCUUUGCUUUCUCAUUGGUUGCCUUUUUGUCAACCACCUAUACAUAUAUAUUUUUUUAUAUAUACCCUUUAUUCUCUUGUUUUCAAAGCUGUAUAUCCUUCCCCUGUCAUGAUAUCCGUUUCACUAAAUGUAUACUGUCGUUCCUUUUUGAAACACCUGUCCUUGUUUGCUUUUUGGUUCAUCUUGAAAGUCAUUCGCCCAAUGAUGAGGGGAAAUAGCCGCUUGGCACCAAUGAAAAGAAACUUGAAGCGAAGACAGUGGUACUGUAAAGCGUUAAUCGCUUAUUUUUAAAUGAGUUGGCGCGGCAGAUACAGAGUGAUAAGCGGAGAGCAAUACGUCCUAUCUUAUUUAAACCCACACCCUUAUCUUAUACAGCAUGCAGCGGCCCCAAAUAUAAG